UUUAUACGGUUGGUUUCAUUGUACUGCGUAUUGAAUUAAAACAUCAUUGUUCCCAAUGCAUCCUGGGCGUAAUGCAGCAAUGUUGACAUUGUUGAUACCCGUGGCUCGCUGAAUGCACGCGUUCGUUAUUUCGGAGCACGCCUGCGCCGAGCACGCCGCGCAAGCGCCGUGACGCGCCAGUCUGACAGCUGACUGUGCUGGCUCCCACCGCACAAGUUCACCAUCCGGCCCUUCUGCCAGAGGCCAGUCAACUGUUUAGUGCUGUGCGUUUCGUUCGCGAGUGCGUACCGCAAUCGAUUUUCGAAUGUUUCCGAUGUGCAUUUGGCGUUAAAACAAUUUGAAGUUUUAUAAAUAAUAAACGAUUUAUAAGUGGUGUUUUUAGUGCAGUUUAUUUCAUAAGUAACCAUUUGCUGAUGCGAGUACUGUAAGCGCUUUUAUCGGAAUUGAAAGUUUACAAUGGACUUGGAAUUUCGGAACUUGAAAUACACAGUAUGCAGUCGCUUAUCAAAAGAAAAACGGCGGGAUGUGGUCAAAGGGGUGCACGGCAAGUUCCGUUCCGGAUACCUGGUGGCUAUCAUGGGGCCCUCGGGCGCCGGGAAGAGCUCUCUCCUCAACGCCAUCUCCGGAUAUCGAUCCGUCGGAGUAACAGGCGAGCUUCUAGUCAAUGGACAGAUUCGAAACGAGCACCAGUUCCAACGUUCCUCGUGCUAUAUCACACAAGAAGAUCUACUACAGCCUCUACUGACAGUACGGGAGGCCAUGGACGUAGCAGCGAAACUGAAGCUGCCCAGAGGAGCGCAGGCGCAUGCUACGGAGAUACUUCAGGAGCUGGGAUUGCUGGAGCAUCAGCAUACGAAGACAGAUUUGCUGUCGGGAGGGCAGAAGAAGAGGCUAUCGAUCGCCCUCGAGCUAGUAAACAAUCCACCAGUGUUCUUCCUGGAUGAACCUACUAGUGGCCUCGACACCGUCACAACAGUGCAGUGUGUGAAGCUACUGAGACAAUUGGCGCGGCAGGGUCGCACUGUGGUGUGCACCAUCCACCAGCCGGCAGCCUCGCUGCUAGAGCUGUUUGACCAGGUGUACGUGUUAGCUGACGGUCGGUGCAUCUACCAGGGUGACACGGCCGCUAUGGUGCCACAUCUGCAGAGCGUCGGUCUGCCAUGUCCUCGGCACCACAACCCAGCUGACUUUAUAAUCGAAGUGACAGAAAACCCUGACAACAUAACGUUACUAUGCGAAGAAAUCCUAAACGGACAACUGUACAAAUCAUCAAAGCUCGAACAGACGGAGCCGGUCAACAACAUGGAGCUGAAGAUAUGCUACCAGACGGAGGAGGCUCAGGAGACGGAGAUCAUGCUGAGCAACGAGAAGUGCCUUUAUAAAGUGCCGAAGUAUAAUGGCAGUACUUCGAGCAGCUCUUUAACUAGUCAGGUUUCACAGAUAAAUUCGUCAAUGGACUGGAUGAAAGUCCAAGAGCAGUCGGACUCAUGCGGGUACCCCACCACGUAUCUUCAGCAGUUCUACACUCUGCUGUGUCGGAUGAUGACGCAGAUAUUCAGGAAUCGACAAGGUCUUUGGAUCCAGUUGAUCCACCACGUGAUGUGCGGCGUGCUGAUCGGGCUGUGUUUCCUGAACAUGGCCAACGACGGCACGCAGAUGUUCAACCACCUCAAGAUGUGUGUGGGCCUCGUCAUAUUCUUCGCCUACACGCAGAUCAUGGUGCCAGUGUUAGUGUAUCCUCAAGAAGUGAAGCUCGUGAAAAAAGAGCAUUUCAACCGCUGGUACAGCCUCACGCCUUACUAUGCGGCUUUGACAGUGUCCAAGUUACCAGUACAAAUCACGCUUAACUGUGUGUUCUCUACAAUUGUGUACUUCAUGGUGGGAGUGCCGUUCCAAGUGACGCGAUUCAUUGCGUUCUGUUUGAUUGGAAACGUGGUGUCGCUGGUGGCUGAGGGGAUGGGCAUGGCUAUUGGAUCAGUGUUUAAUGUUAGAAACGGCUGCGCCAUCGGCCCAACAGCUAUCGCCCCGUUCCUCGGCCUCGCAAUCUACGGGUUCGACUUCGCACACCGCAUCCCUCUCCUCAUGAACGUCCUCAUGAAGACCUCCUUCAUCCGCUGCGGCGUCGUCGCCAUGGUCCUCACCAUCUUCGGCUUCGGACGAACGCCUCUGGACUGUAAAGACGUCUAUUGCCACUUCUCCAAACCUGAUGUUUUACUGAAAUACUUAGACAUCGAAAGAAGCUCAGUUUGGAUAGAAAUCAUGACGAUGGUUGGCAUUAUGCUCGUCUUCAGAUCACUCUGCUAUAUUGGUCUAAGAUGGCGGUUUGCCACUUGAUUCCUCAGUUAGUUUAAGUUCUGUGAUAUUGUUUUGAAGUCUUUGGGUUUUGCCAGUACAAAGAUAUAUAGCAUACGAUAGCAUGUGAUUUUAAGGGUAUAAAUUUAGUUAAGAAUUAAUUUAUGUUUGAUUCUGUUAGUUUAAUUAUAUAUAAGCUUUAAAGAUCAUUAUCAAGUGCUUUAUAAGUUGUAAUCUUGGCAUUAAUGUCUAUACCGUAUUUACUUCAAGGA